AGGAUCUGGCCCGGAGCACAGCGCGGUGGACCAACCUCUUCCGGUUUGGGCCGGAAGUUCCUCGGAAAGCGGCGGCUUGGCGUCAGCUGACCAGAGUCCGCGUAGGAACGCUCUGAGGUCCGGCCGGACAGACUGACCCAGAGUUUUUCAGAGGUCCUCAGCUUCAGAUAAAAUUUGAAUUAAUGAGAUUUUGUAGAAUCUGAAUUGAAUAAGAAUUCACUGGCCACAUGAAAACAAAAGCUGAACUCUCACUUUGAAAAGUUUUUGGAUGACAAAGCAAGGACAAACACAAUCACCCCAUUUGCAGAUUUCCCUGGGGAGAGUCUUCACCCCGAGCUUGCUGACGGCCAAGGAUGGCAAGCAAGGGGCCCUCAGCCCCUGCGUCCCCUGACAGCUCCAGUGCAGGGGGGCCCAGUGGCAGCAGCAACGGCGCCGGUGAGAGCGGGGGCCAGGACAGCACGUUCGAGUGCAACAUCUGCCUGGACACAGCCAAGGACGCCGUCAUCAGCCUGUGCGGCCACCUCUUCUGUUGGCCGUGUUUACAUCAGUGGUUGGAGACGAGACCUAACAGACAGGUGUGUCCAGUUUGCAAAGCUGGCAUCAGCCGCGACAAGGUCAUCCCGCUGUAUGGCAGGGGCAGCACUGGGCAGCAGGACCCCAGAGAGAAGACCCCUCCCCGUCCUCAAGGACAGAGGCCAGAGCCAGAGAACAGGGGGGGAUUCCAAGGGUUUGGAUUCGGAGAUGGUGGCUUCCAGAUGUCUUUUGGAAUUGGGGCCUUUCCCUUUGGCAUAUUUGCCACAGCAUUUAACAUAAAUGAUGGGAGGCCUCCUCCAGCUGUCCCGGGAACGCCCCAGUAUGUGGACGAGCAGUUCCUCUCACGCCUCUUCCUGUUUGUGGCCCUGGUGAUCAUGUUCUGGCUAUUGAUUGCCUAAUGCUGGGCUCCCGGCCCACAUCCACGGCAGGGCCGCUGGACCGGUGACACGCCACCCUCACUCUUAAUGUUUGACUUCCUGGCUAAUCCCGACCCCUGGAAUCAGUGGGGUUAGUGACACAUCAAGGAGUCUUGCUUCUCUCUCAGAGUUCUGGGACUCAAGACCAGCCGUUGAGGACCCUGGAGUCUGGCCACUGCUGUAAACACCCUGCUGUAACCUCAGGCCUUGGCAUCGAGUCCGUCUCUCACUGGUUACACCAUGAAAUCCUGUUCCAGCCAGCUCAGCAGGUCCUGACUCCACACAGGGGAGAAGCAGGAGAAGAGGAAAUGUCCAGUUUCCCCGAAGUUAACAUUACAAAGACAAAGGGAUGAGCCCAGUAUGGGAACUUUCUUCCAUCUCUUUAAAUACCCCUUGGUGAGUGGCCUCUGAAGUCAGUGGGACUCCUCGAACAGAGAGGUUCCCCUGCCACAUCCCAGUCCUGUUCUGUCCUGUUUCCUCCUCUUCCUCCUCCGCAGACAUGCAUGAAAUUGCUGUUCUAUUAAGAUCUUAAUUGCAGCAGCUGGAGCUGGGGUUGAUUCAUGAACUCACCAGAAACCCAAAGAUAUAUUGCCUCUGGGCCUUGUUCAAUGUCUUCGGCUCCAAAGCGGCCUGAAUGACCUCCUUAUUUCCUGACAUAGAUUACCUGCAGAGACAUGUGGUUGCCCAUCACCUUACCCUCCAGAACGGUGCACAUCUGCCUCCUGCUCGGGGGCACCAACCCAGGUGAUUGCCGAGCCCAGGACCGACUGCAUCUUAGGAAAGAUCUGCUAUGGAACUCAGGUGGGGUUCCGAGCUCAGAUGCAGAAAGGACUGAACAAGCAGCCAUCCCAGAGGCCACAGGAGCUCUGGGUGCAUCCUCUCCCAGACCCCCCAGAGGAAACUAGGGGGGGCGUGUUGAGUCAUCCCAGCAGCAUGUUGAAGACCAUUCUCCUCAGAAGCCAGAUUGUCCUUAAUGAAGAGGCAGGGAGGGGGAGACUGGCAUGUGACUCUCAUUUUGGUAUGGCUCCAAGACCUUCUGUGUGUGUGCUAAAACCAGGGGAGCACAUGCCUCCAGAGCCCCUGGUGUUUUGUAGAGCCGGGCGCAGAGACCAGGAGCCUCAGCAUGAUAAGAGGAUGCAGUCUUCCGUGGAAACCUUCCCCUGGAAACGUCCAGGGAAGCCAUUCCUCCCCAGCCCUUGAUCUAAUUUUCACUCUCAAAAGCUUCUUCCUCUGAAUCUGAUUGAGGAAUUGUGGUGCCGGCAGCAAGCCAGCUUACCGGGUGGGAUGGUUCUCGCUCUGCUGGUCUGGCCUCUUCCUAUAAGGCUAGUCUCUUGCAGGAGAGACCCUCGGGGUGGGGGGGAGGUGGAUUUACUCUGGGGCUCUCUCCCUUCACCGGUCCACACUGCUCCUGGGUUUACCCCAGUUGAGAGGCCCACCUAGUGUGUGUUCCAGAUACGGCUCUGCACAGCCUGUUGAAACCGAGACCUGGAGGAAGAUGAGGGAGGCCCUCUGCCCUUUCCACUGCAGCCCCCUUCCCCAGCCCCGUACCUUUCAGUGCCAGAGCUCAGUGUUCAAACCGACAAAACACAAGUAUUGAAGAGGUGGUUCGUUUACUGAGCCCAUUUGGUAGGAAUAAGCCACCUGCUUUACAGUGUGCCUGAUGGAUUUUAAACAUUCUCUGGGCGCCCACAGAAGAGUGCUCUUUUUCUUACCUCUGGAAAUCCCCAAAGUGUGAGGGCCCCUGAAGUUUCUCAGUGCGAUGGCCCCACCUAGUGAUGGGCAAGAGGACUUCAGUUGGAUGGAUCCAACAGAAAUGGGUCUGCAGAAGAAAGGUUAAAGAAAGAAGGGUUGCAGGUAGGGAGACAAAUAAUUUGGACCCUUCAACGAAGUGGAGUGAGCCCAGGAGAGCUCCACCAGCAAAGGCAUCCCAGGAAACUGUUAGAAAAGCCAGGUUGGCUCUGUGCUAAUCUUGGCCCUGUCCCCACUUGCCCUCUGCCAGGAGUUGGGGCAGGAGAGCCGACUUGGGACUGCUGGCCCAGCCCCGACAGGGAGCCCCCUUCCACCACCACCCCCCCUGCAGACUCACCACGGCGCCUCUCUGCCGAGGCAGUUUUCCUUUCUUUUUGUGUGUGUUUUAUGUUCUUGGUCCCCAGCCCCUCCUGCCACCUAUCAGAAAACAACACCAUGUACAGUGGCACACCUUGACCAGUCACUAAUUUUCACUGUUGUGAAAGUGAUUUGAUUUAGAAUUAAACAAAUGGUUUUACAUAA